CGUGUGCCGUAGACCAGCGCGGAGAUCUGACUUUCUUCUUAUCAAUGAGAUCUGUGGAGAGGCUCUACCGCCCGCUGGUAACGCAGAAAAACACAAGAUGAAGAAGCAGUUCAACCGAAUGAGACAGCUCGCCAACCAAACAGUGGGCAGGGCUGAAAAAACAGAAGUAUUAAGUGAAGACCUACUACAGGUGGAGAAACGUCUGGAGCUGGUCAAGCAGGUUUCUCACAGCACACACAAGAAGCUGACCGCCUGUCUGCAGGGCCAGCAGGGCGUGGACGUGGACAAGAAGUCUGUCAGGUCACCCUCGAAGAAGCUUCCACUAACAACAUUAGCACAAUGUAUGGUGGAGGGGGCGGCUGUGCUCGGCGACGAGUCUCUACUCGGGAAGAUGCUGAAGCUCUGCGGCGAGACGCAGGACAAACUCGCUCACGAGCUCAUCCUGUUCGAGCUCACCAUCGAGAGGGACGUCGUCGAGCCGCUAUACGACCUCGCAGAGGUGGAAAUCCCAAAUAUCCAGAAACAAAGGAAACAUUUAGCGAAGCUGGUUUUGGACAUGGACUCGGCGCGCACACGGUAUUAUCAGUCCAGCAAGUCUUCGGGACUGUCCAGCAACCUGCAGCCAACAGGAGCCAAGGCCGACCACCUCAGGGAAGAGAUGGAGGAGGCAGCCAACCGCAUGGAGAUCUGUCGAGAUCAGUUAUCAGCAGACAUGUACAGUUUUGUGGCCAAAGAAAUUGACUAUGCAAGCUACUUCCAGACACUGAUAGAAGUCCAGGCGGAGUACCACAGGAAGUCAUUAGAGCUGCUUCAGAGUGUGCUGCCUCAGAUCAAAGCUCAUCAGGAGACCUGGGUGGAGAAGCCGUGCUACGGGAAACCAUUAGAGGAGCACUUAGCGCUCAGCGGGAGAGAUAUUGCCUUCCCCAUCGAGGCCUGUGUCACCAUGCUGCUGGAGUGCGGCAUGCAGGAGGAGGGUUUAUUCAGAGUCGCUCCGUCGGCCUCCAAACUGAAGAAGCUGAAAGCGUCUUUGGACUGCGGCGUGUUGGACGUUCAGGAGUACUCUGCAGACCCUCACGCCAUCGCAGGUGCUUUGAAGUCGUACCUGCGGGAGCUCCCUGAGCCUCUAAUGACAUACGAGCUGUACAACGACUGGAUCCAGGCCUCCAACAUUCAAGAUCAAGACAAGAGACUUCAGGCUCUCCUCAACGCCUGCGAGAAGCUCCCGCCCGCCAACAACAACAACUUUAAGUAUUUGAUCAAAUUCCUCUCCAAACUGACUGAAUAUCAGGACGUGAAUAAGAUGACACCUGGAAACAUCGCGAUUGUGCUCGGACCGAACCUGCUGUGGAUGCACAACGAAGGGAACAUCACAGAGAUGAUGACCACGGUUUCUCUGCAGAUCGUCGGCAUCAUCGAGCCCAUCAUCCAGCACGCCGACUGGUUCUUCCCCGGAGAGAUCGAGUUCAACGUCACGGGGAACUACGGCAGCCCCGUCCACACCAACCACAACGCCAACUACAGCUCGAUGCCGUCCCCGGACAUGGAUCAGAUGGACCGGAAGCAGAACGACCAGAGCCGACGGCCGCUCAGCGUCGCCACGGACAACAUGAUGCUGGAGUUCUACAAGAAAGACGGCUCCAUUAGGAAGAUACAAAGCAUGGGUGUCAGGGUGAUGGACACUACUUGGGUGUCACGCAGGGGCUCGUCUUCUUCUCGUAAAAUGUCGUCCACGCCACCGAGCGUGCAUCCCCCCACCCCGCCCACUGACGCUCUCAUCCCCGAGCAGCCUGGGGAUUUCUCUGCCUCCCCCUCCCCCCCUCCCCCCACUAACAGCGACCGAGCCAGCUCGGAUGAUGCAUCCUCCAAUUGGUCGGACUCCUGUUACGCCUACCCCUCCCCCGGAGAGAGGCCGCCUCCCCCUUACCCCUCUUCCUCAUCUUCCUCCUCCUCCUCCUCUUGCUCCUCCUUCUCGCUCCCUCACCACCACUUCUACACCCGUGCACCUCCGGGUAUGCGUCCCGUAGCCCCCACGCCCGAAUCCGUGCCCCCCGGCACGUCCCCUCCUUCCCGCCGCUGCGGCUACAGCCCACCCCCGCUCCCCCACUCCCUCUGCCCGUCCCCCCAGCAGCUUGACGUCAACUCCAACCCCAAACCCAACUCCCUGCACCUGCCCAAACAGGCCUCCAUGUCCGACGCUUCGCAUGCGACCCCGUCCGAAACGAAUGGCUCCACCCUUUACAUCAAACCCCCGCUCGUUCUUACUCGUCACGACCUGCUCCUGGGCUCCCCCAAACCCCCCAACACCCCCCUAUCUGCUCCCCCUCCAUGGGCAGCCUGUGCCUGUAGCCGGGAGAGAGGAGCCAAGCUGACUAGUACACUGAAGAACAAGGAGCUAUCCCCAGUUAUUGGACAGAAGGGACUCCAGGGGACAAUGACAUCUAGUGGACAGUCUGAUCACAGCCCUCACACCCUGAGGAGAGCCAAAAAGCUGGCCCCGAUCCCUCCCAAAGUCCCGUACUGCCAGUCAGGAGCCAUGUCCGACCAGUCCACAGGUCAGCCGUCUCCCGUCAGCCUGUCCCCCACUCCUCCCAGCACCCCGUCCCCGUACAGCUUCAGCUACCCGCAGGGCUACGCCACCAUCGGCUCCCCGGGUCAGAUCCAGAUGGCUACCACCCCGUCCCUCUCCUCUCCGCCCUCGCUGGCCGGGACUCUCACCAAGGCCAGGCCGACCCCAAAGCCGCCGCGGCAGAGGCCCAGUUUACCUCCUCCUCAGCCCCCCAGCACACCUGGUACCAGUCCUCAGCCUCUGGAGCACUCCACGGGUCUCCUGGACGGUUUGUCUCCGGGGGAGAGCAUGUCCACAGAUUCUCUCUGCAACUUGGACAUCCCCGUUAUCAACGUGGACCUGGACGGUAUUUUUGACUUGCCCCACAUCUCCCCCUAGAACUCAGUGGCGCUGUUCGAGUCGACCAACAACAGAGCGGAGUCGGAGGAAGAGUCUGAGAGCACAGUGCUAUGACGCCACUGAGUCCCCCCCCCCCCCCUC